AUGGGCACGGCGCGGGCGGUGGGGGGCCUCCUGGCCGUCAGCGCACAGGGCGAGCUGGAGGGUCUGCCGGGGGACUGCCCCCGGGGCCCCGGUGCGGAUGAGGGGGACGCUGACCGCGAGGGAAAGCACCAGCGGCUCCUGGAAGCCGUCACGGCCCUCGAUGAUGGACACGGACGGUGGAAACUGGCCGAGAGGUCUGAGGCCGGUCCGAAGGCGUCCGAGUUCACUGUCAGCGCGGAAGGGUCGGGAGAAAGGCCCGUCCUCUCCGAUCUGCUCGAGCCCUUUCAGCCGUCGCCCUCGUGGGCCGCUGCGAGGAAGCCGCUGAGCAGAGUCAGAUCACGGAAGACCGUGGAGCCGCCUGUCACCCGGGAAGAGGCUGCGGGCGCCGGGACCCCCCUGGGGCGCGAGGUGUCCAGCCUUCCCUGUGAGAAGCAGCAGCCAGUGGGAGGCCCUCUGCUGACCCCCGCGGAGAGGGCUUCUCGCAGAGCCAUGGGCCUGGGAGGGGCGAGGGUGCGCCGAGCAGAGCUUCCGCGGGCCUGGGCCCUGCGGUCCUACUACGAGGCCAGGGCUCAAAGAGAGAAGAGAAUCAAAAGCAGAAAGCACCGCCGAGUUCUGGAGAAAGGAAAGGCCAAGGAAGUUCUCCCAGAGUUCGAGAAGCUGGGGAAGGUCAGGCCUCCUGCUGCGCUGAGAGGCCUGGAAAAGCUGGGCAAGGCCAGAGUGACGGAGCGGAUGAGCCUGAGGCACCAGAGCAGCGGGAGUCGGGCACGGUCAAAGGCGGCUGUGGCCCAGUACGACGUGGGGGCGCGCCAGGCUCUGCAGGAGCGGUGGGCCGGGAGCAGAGAACUGACACGGAAACUCCGGGCGGCCCCCUGAAGUGAGGGAGAGGAGGGCGGCUCAGAAGGACAGGGUGACCUGCUUGUCCCGGCUGUGGUGGGUGAGGCACAGGUGGCAGCGGAUGGACCAAACCCCUGGGUGGCCAGGUAUCACUCCGGGGCCGCGAAAGCGGCCAGAAGCCAGGAGGAGCCUGGACAGCAUCCAGCGCCCGUGGCCAGCGAGGCUCCUGACGGUGGAGGGGAAGGAAGACCAGGGGCAGGGACAGGAGUUUUGGGGAAAGAGUUUGAGGAAGGGCGAUCACUCGGGAAGAAGCCUGGACUCAGCCAGGCUGCCGGGCCAGCGGGCAGGUGGCAAACAGAAGAUUCCAGCAGCCGAGAGGCGUUGUCUGAGCUGGGGACACCGUCUCCAGAAUUCAGCAGGGACAGGCAUCUGUGCAGGGAGCGACCGGUGGGCUCGGCGAGGACAGUUCUGCCGGCCCGGAGAGGGGGGCCUGCCGCGGAAGAGGAGGAGCCCCCGGUGCUGCCGGGGCCGGGGCCGGGGCCGGGGCGAGCAGAGGCUCUGCAGGAGCCAGCGGAGCGGGGCAGGGAAGGGUGCUGUCACAGUCAGGAGCUGCCCGGGCCGGGCCGGAAAGGCAGCCGCGGGCAGGAGCCGCGUGGGCAGCCCGGUGCUCCCAAGGAGGAGGAGAGGGAGCGCAGGGUCGGCCUCCGGCGCCUCCUCGCCCCGACACCCCCUCCUGCCGAGUCCUUGGGCGCCCCCACGACCACAGAGGAGCUGGGGGAACGGGACAGAGGCCGCCAGCAAAUGACACGGGAAGCUUUUGCAGGAGACAAUGUCGUCAGAGACUUCCUAAAGGAGAAGAGGGACGCUGUGGAGGCAAGUAAGCCGACGGACAUGGACUUGACUCUGCCUGGUUGGGGUGCGUGGGCUGGUGGGGGCCUGAGGCCCGGUGCCAGGAGGAGACGCCGGGUUCUCCUUAAAGCCCCCGAAGGUCCUCCAAGACAAGACAAGAACUUGCCAUAUGUGAUUAUCAGUGAGAGGCGGAACAUCCAUGCAGCAGCUCACCAGGUACGGGGGCUUCCGUAUCCAUUCGCCCACCAUCAGCAAUUCGAGAGGACCAUCCGGACCCCUAUAGGGUCUACGUGGAACACCCAGAGGGCCUUCCAGAAGCUGGCUGCACCGAAGGUCGUCACCACGCCCGGCCACGUCAUCAAGCCCGUGAAAGCAGAGGAUGUGGGCUCCCGGGCUUCCUCGAGAUCGGGUCUCUCUGUCAUGGGGAGGAAUCCAAGACGACCCUCCACACGCCACCAAAAACAGCCGAAGAAAAACUCUAAAGGUUGA